AUGCGGGUUUUUUACCUCGUCGCGCCCUUUUUGGGUGGUGCGCUGCCUGCCAUCACUGAUGGAGCCUCCGGACUCAUCGAGCCAGGGGCCACGGUUCAUGGUCCGCAUGAGCUCGAGCACAAGGCGGCCAGCAGACUUCUCAGGGCGCAAACAUCCGGCAGCGAAGACCAGGAAGAUCGAGCAAUGAAUGGGAUUCGCAGAGUGGGCGGCGUUCUUUACGACUUUGCUGUACAAUCUGGCUUUGAAGCGGAGUUAGCGUUUAUUGAUUUCAUGGCCCAGCUUGGGUAUGACCGUAUCGAGCAUCUUAGCAGUUUAGCAAAACGGACACUGGUCACAAAGGUUAGAAGCCUUCUUGGUCAUUUUCCGUCAUCGCUGACUGAUGAAGAAAAGCUCAACGAGAAUGCCAAGGUUUUGGGCAUUCUUGAACAAGAGGAUGGCGAGUUUAUGACGGCAAUCGUGUUGUCGAUGUCCGAGAAGUUGCUGGGCGAUCAGUAUCUGGAAAGAGUGAAGGGGGUUCAACGGAAGCUGUUCGAUAAAUGGUGGAAGGAUUGGAAAAGUCCGGAAACCAUCAGAAAUGAACUAUACCUCUCUCCACAAUUCAUUGCGAAGGUUGAUGCUGAACUCGUGGAUGCCAUCGUAGCCAAUUACAAGGCGUAUUGUAGCCCGCUCGGUGUACGAAAGGACAAAACUGCGUAG